AUGACGUGUGGCCAGCAGCUUCACAUGGUCCUAGUUAAAACGCCCUUUGAGUCACUGGAGCAGGGCUGUCUCUUGGUUCCCACUGCGGCUGUUACUACAACGCGCACCCUUGCCAUGAGAAAAUCCGAGAUUCAGGGCAAAUGUGUUCCAGAGCCUUUUGAAGCAGAAUUACCAAAAAGCAGACCAAGACCGUACGGGUUAGUGAUUCCAAUCAGCACCAAUGCAGACGGAAGCUAUAUCUCCAAUAUCCUCUCUGCAAGUCACCAAAGAAGAUCAACAAGGGAGAUAUCCCAAAGCCCCAAACAACUGUAUUUUAACAUCACGGCAUUUGGAAGGGAGUUUCAUCUCAGGCUGAAACCCAACACCCGUUUGGUGGCUCCUGAGGCAGUAGUGGAGUGGUAUGAAGACUCUGUGGAAACUGGAAAUGGAAACGAUGCUGGGAACACAAGUCAGACUAGAAGUACUGCGGAGAGGUUAUGGAAAAGAGAGCCCCUGUGGACCAACUGUGCUUACGUUGGAGACAUAACUGACAUCCCUGGUGCUUCUGUUGCUAUUAGCAAUUGUGAUGGUCUGGCUGGAAUGAUAAGAACUGAUGAGGAUGAAUACUUCAUUGAGCCUUUGGAAAGAGGAAAGCAAAUGGAUGAGGAAAAGGGAAGAAUUCACAUGGUGUAUAGGCGAGCAGCUGUAGCGCAGCCUUCCACUGAUGCGCUGCCCGAUGUCCACACUGAAGGGUUUGAAGAGGAUUUAGAUACAAGUAUUAGAGAGGAGGAAGUACUCCCUGACUGCCAGUCUUCGUGGACUUGGCUUGUUUGGUGUGGUUUGGGAGUUGUUUUCUCUGAAAAGCGGGUCAUAAUGUGCUGCCAAAAAGAAACUCUGGCUUACGGCUGCCUGGGUGACGUCGUCCUGCUCCUAGAAAGUCUGACUGUGCGGCCCGCGUACCUGGUGCGCUGCAGUCAGCUGGGCAAGUGGCGGCUGCCGCAGUCUCUUCUUGGGGGCCUUGAAGACCUGAGUUCCCUGUACAGCAGUGUAGAGCAGCAACUGAAUGAAACCCUGAGGCAACGCAGGCACGCGGGAGACGACGACUACAACAUUGAGGUGCUGCUAGGUGUGGAUGACUCCGUUGUCCGAUUCCAUGGCAAAGAACAUGUUCAAAACUACCUCCUCACCCUUAUGAACAUAGUGAAUGAAAUUUACCACGAUGAAUCCCUGGGUGUUCACAUAAAUGUCGUACUGGUCCGAAUGAUCAUGUUAGGGUAUGCAAAGUCCAUUAGCUUGAUUGAAAGGGGGAAUCCCUCAAGAAGCCUGGAGAACGUUUGCCGCUGGGCGUAUCAGCAGCAGAAGUCGGAUCCCAAUCACUCUGAGCACCAUGAUCACGCCAUCUUCUUAACCAGGCAAGAUUUUGGGCCUGCUGGUAUGCAAGGGUAUGCUCCUGUCACUGGCAUGUGUCAUCCAGUCCGAAGCUGUACACUCAACCAUGAGGAUGGGUUUUCAUCAGCUUUUGUUGUUGCUCAUGAAACUGGCCAUGUGUUGGGAAUGGAGCAUGAUGGGCAAGGGAACAGAUGUGGAGAUGAGACAGCAAUGGGGAGUGUUAUGGCUCCCUUGGUACAGGCUGCCUUUCACCGUUACCACUGGUCCAGGUGCAGCGGCCAAGAACUCAAAAGAUACAUACACUCUUAUGACUGCCUUCUUGAUGACCCUUUUGAACAUGAUUGGCCUAAGCUUCCUGAAUUGCCAGGCAUCAACUAUUCCAUGGAUGAACAGUGCCGCUUUGAUUUUGGUGUUGGCUACAAAAUGUGCACAGCGUUCCGAACCUUUGACCCAUGCAAGCAGUUGUGGUGCAGCCAUCCAGAUAACCCGUAUUUCUGUAAGACUAAGAAAGGGCCUCCACUUGAUGGGACGGAGUGUGCCCCCGGAAAAUGGUGCUAUAAAGGCCACUGCAUGUGGAAGAACACUAACCAGCUGAAGCAGGAUGGCAACUGGGGACCCUGGACAAAAUUUGGCUCCUGCUCACGAUCCUGUGGAACUGGAGUUCGCUUCCGAACACGCCAGUGCAACAAUCCGAUGCCAAUUAAUGGAGGUGAAGACUGUGCUGGGGUCAAUUUUGAAUUUCAACUUUGCAAUACAGAAGAGUGUCCAAAGCACUUUGAGGACUUCAGAGCACAACAGUGUCAGCAGCGCAACUCUCACUUUGAGUAUCAGAACAGCAAACACCACUGGCUGCCAUAUGAACACCCUGACUCUAAUAAGAGAUGUCACCUGUACUGCCAAUCCAAAGAAACAGGAGAUGUGGCUUAUAUGAAACAGCUGGCACAUGAUGGGACUCGCUGUUCCUAUAAAGAUCCAUACAGCAUUUGUGUUCGUGGAGAGUGUGUGAAAGUGGGUUGUGACAAGGAGAUCGGUUCCAAUAAGGUUGAAGAUAAAUGUGGUGUCUGUGGUGGUGAUAACUCUCAUUGCCGAACUGUAAAGGGAACCUUCACCCGGACUCCCAAAAAGCUUGGGUACCUUAAGAUGUUUGAUAUCCCUCCUGGUGCUCGACAUGUGUUUAUCCAAGAAGACGAGGCUUCUCCUCACUUUCUUGCAAUUAAGAACCAGGCUACAGGACAUUAUAUUCUGAAUGGAAAAGGAGAGGAAGCCAGAUCGCGAUCUUUCAUCGACCUGGGCGUGGAGUGGGAAUACAGCAUAGAAGAUGACAUAGAAACUCUCCACACUGACGGGCCCUUGCAUGACGCGGUGGUUGUGCUGAUCAUUCCUCGGGAGAAUGACACAAGAUCUAGUCUGACUUACAAAUACAUCAUUCAUGAGGAUUCAGUACCAACUAUCAACAGCAACAAUGUCCUACAGGAAGAAAUAGAUACUUUUGAGUGGGCAUUGAAGAGUUGGUCCCAGUGCUCCAAACCCUGUGGUGGAGGAUUCCAGUAUACCAAAUAUGGGUGCCGCAGGAAAAGUGAUAACAAAAUGGUUCAUCGCAGCUUCUGUGAAGCCAGCAAAAAGCCAAAGCCCAUUCGUAGAAUGUGCAAUCUUCAAGAAUGCACACAGCCUCUCUGGGUAGCAGAUGAGUGGGAAUACUGCACAAAAACCUGUGGGAACUCUGGCUACCAGAUCCGCACUGUGCGUUGCAUUCAGCCCCUUCAUGAUGGUGCAAACCGCUCUGUCCAUUUCAAGUACUGUAGUGGAGAUCGUCCCGAGAGCCGCAGGCCGUGCAACCGAGUACCGUGCCCUGCACAGUGGAGAGCUGGACCCUGGUCUGAGUGUUCUGUGACCUGUGGGGAAGGAACCGAAACCCGGCAGAUCCUAUGCCGAGCUGGUGACCAGUGCGAUGGAGAAAAGCCGGAAUCAAUGAGAGCUUGUAAACUCGCUCCAUGUAAUGAUGAGCCCUGUAUGGGAGACAAAUCUAUCUUCUGCCAAAUGGAAGUGCUUGCGCGUUACUGUUCCAUCCCUGGCUACAACAAGCUGUGCUGCGAGUCCUGCAGCAAACGCAGCAGCACCCUCCCACCACCCUUCCUUACAGAAGCUGCGGAGACUGAGGAGGAAGCGAUGUUUGAUCAAAGCCACCUGCCCAGGGCCUUGGCAAUGCCAACGUCUUUAGCACCCCACCGUGCCGAGUUCCUGCCUGGAAGAAGUUCCCUGGGCAGGCUUCCCUCCUCGGAGCAGGAGGGAGGCACGCGGGUCUCGCUGCCUAACACCAAGCCCAAGAGUGCUGAGUUUCCUCAAGGGAGAGCUCCUCCAGCAAGCAAGACUUCCAGGCUGUUUGCACUGCCUCACCAGCCACCUGCCAACAGCAGCAAUCUCAGUCCUCAUAAACCCCAGCCUUUGGCAGCAGCCAUUCCUAUGGUGCCAACUAAUAACACUCCAGCCGGAGCCUUUUAUCCAUGGAGAACCUCAAGGAAGAGUGAGAAGCAUCCAGACAAGAGAUGGCCCUCGAGGCCUUCCACUGUGGAAAGAUGA